AGACACAGAAAGAGCCAGUGUGUGUGUGUGUUUGUGUGUGUAAGAGAGAGAAAGAACGAGCGGCACUCUGACGCAAAUAACGCCAUGAAACGGGCCUUGGAGGGACGCUAAAUCUGACCUCGAGUUUUACUGAAGCCAUACCAGUGAUCUGAGGAUUAGUUGCGGAGAGAAGAGGUCACUGGACAGGAUGUCGUCCCAUCAGCCUUGGUACCAUGGCAAUAUCACUCGGUCUAUGGCAGAGGACCUGCUCUCCAAAAACGCCAAGGAUGGGAGCUUCCUCCUCAGAGACAGCGAGUCCAUACAAGGAGCUUAUGCCCUCUGCGUGCUGUACCAGAACUGCGUAUAUACUUAUAGAAUUCUACCCAAUGAAGACAAAAAGCUUUCUGUGCAGGCAUCUGAAGGUGUCCCCAUUCGGUUCUUCUCUGUGCUCUCAGAUCUGGUGGACGCAUAUUAUAAGGAGAACAUGGGUUUAGUCACACAUCUGCAGUAUGCUGUACAGAAGGAGGAAGAGCCAGAGGAAGAACCAGAGCAUUUCAGUUUACCUCCUCAGCUUCCACCACGGAACCUCCCAUCCAGCGAGAGUAGAGAUUGCCAUGUUGAGCCUGUAAAGGCAAUAGAGCAACCCCGUGUGUCCAUUGUAGACACUUACCUUCAGCGGUUGCAGAUCGUCGACUUGUCACACAUCUCUGAAGAUCAUCAAAAGGCAAUCCAGGAUUACUUCAGCUCUGCUGUAGGUCUGGAUAUGGAGCAAGUACAUAAUGGAAAUCCCACUCUGCCCAACCUGAAGAAACUUCUCAAGACCAUCUGCAAGAGCCUCAACAGUGAGAUUUCCCGUACACUCCCAACUCUCGAGGCCUUACAGAAAAUUGUAGAUCAGCCCAUGUCACCUGGAGCUGGGAAACUUCGAGGACAGAUCUCACUUGAUGCCAGCCAGUCUGUGGGUUUUAGGCUUGAGCAACUGACCAAACUUUUGUAUUCAAUUGAAGACAAGGCUAAGAGUACAGUAUUUGAAUCUGCGGGAUAUGAUGGAGGCCACAGGAAGUCACUUAUACCACCUGUAACAUUCGAGGUGAAAUCAGACUUAUUUGGCAUUUCAACCAAAAUGUUCCUGAAGGUUGAUGUAGAAAGUGGGAAAGUUUACUUCAAGAAGUCCAAAGAUGGACCUGAGGACAAAUACUAUGUGCACAACAAAAUCUUGCAGUUGGUGAAGUCCAAAAAAAUGCACACCAAACUGGAAAUAAUGGUAGAGACCGAGAAGGAAAAGACCCAGCGUAAAGAAUUUGUCUUUAAUGACACAAAGAAGAGGGAAGGUUUCUGUCAAUUACUUCAGCAGAUGAAAAACAAACAUUCAGAUAAGGCUGAGCCAGAUAUGAUCAGCCUGUUUGUUGGCACAUGGAACAUGGGUAACGCCAGCCCACCUCCCAACAUUACAUCCUGGUUUCAGUCCAAGGGGCAAGGGAAGACUCGCGAUGACACAGCAAGUCAGAUCCCACAUGAUAUCUAUGUCAUUGGAACGCAGGAAGAUCCACUGGGAGAGAAAGACUGGAUAGAUAUAGUGAGGGGAACGCUCAGGGACAUCACAAACAUCAGCUUUAAACAGAUAGCUACACAGACACUGUGGAACAUAAGAAUCAUUAUUCUUGCCAGGCCGGAACAUGAGAACCGUAUCUCCCACAUCUUCUGCAACAGCGUUAAGACUGGAAUAGCUAAUGCUCUGGGCAAUAAGGGAGCAGUGGGAGUAUCGUUUAUGUUUAAUGACACCUCCUUUGGGUUUGUUAACAGUCACUUGACCUCAGGGAGUGAAAAGAAGAUUAGACGAAAUCAGAACUAUGUUAACAUCCUGCGCUUUCUGAACCUGGGAGAUAAAAAACUAAAUCUGUUCGACAUCACUCAUCGCUUCACACAUCUUUUUUGGCUUGGGGAUCUGAACUACCGCAUUGACCUUCCACCACUGGAAGCAGAGAACAUUGUGAUGAAGAUCAAACAGCAGCAGUAUCAGGAACUGUUAAACAGAGACCAGCUCAACAUGGAAAGGGCAGAUGGAAAGGUUUUUCUAUUCUACGAAGAAGAAGACAUCACGUUUCCCCCAACAUAUCGUUUUGAGCGAGAAACUCAUGAAAGAUAUGUCUACACCAAAGCCAAAGCAACAGGAACUAAAUAUAACUUGCCCUCAUGGUGUGACCGUGUGCUUCGAAAGACCUACCCACAGGUUCAUGUGGCUUGUCACUCGUAUGGAUGCACAAAUGACAUCAUGACAAGUGAUCACUCACCUGUAUUUGCUACAUUUGAUGUUGGAGUGACUUCACAGUUUGUAUCUAAGAGUGAUCCAACAAAGGAGUCUCAGGGUGCAAUCAAGUUUAUGAACUGCGUUGCUAUUCUUAGGACUAAAUCUAAGACAAAAUUUUUCAUUGAAUACCACUCAAGCUGCUUGGAAAAAUUUGUUAAGAGUCCUGAGACAGAUAAUCAAGAGAACACAGAAGGUUCCAUAAAGGUUCGGUUUGCAACACAUGUAGAGCUUACUACCAUCAUUUCAGACCCAGAAUACUUACUAGAUCAGCAUAUACUCAUCAGUAUAACAUCAACAGACAGUGAUGAAUCAUAUGGAGAGACAUGUGUGGCUCUGCGGGCUGCAGAGACAGCCUACACUGAGUUUACUGUCCCACUUACACAUCAUGGUGAGCAGACAGGUAUACUAACAGGAGGCAUCCAACUACGCACAUCAGAAGGCAAACUGACAGAGAAACUAUAUGAUUUCAUUAAAAUUGGUGAUGACUCAGGAACUGGUAAAGCCAAGUCAGGAGAUCAUAGCAACAAGUCAUCAGCCUUACCCACUGAUUUUAGCAAUCCUAAUUAUAUGGAUGUUGGUUAUAAAAGCAGCACUCAGUCAGGGUGGAACUAUACAAUGCCCAGCAGACCAGGACACUUGGCUAAAGACACAGCUACUGGCAACACGUCACCAAAAAAGACAGCAUACGAUCCUUCUGUGUGCAGCCCAACAGGAAAGCUGACUAGUCCAACAUCUGAAGAUGGGCAACCACCAGAAAUGUUUGACAAUCCCCUUUAUGGAUCAAUGGCGAAGGCACGAUCUGGAAAGGAUCAAGAAACGCCGCGAAAAGAGCACUUGGGGAUCCCUGAGAUUUUUGCGUUUCCAAAAGGCCCUGAGGCUGAACCUGAUCGUGCACCUCCAGUCCCAACACCUCGCGCUCGCUCAUUCACCUGCUCAGAGAGCAAGGGCCAGAAUGCUUCCUCAACGUCUAGCAGCAGCAACCACAGCAGCAAUAGCAGUCUACAGCCUCAGUCCUUUAGCAAGAAGCCUGUGGUGCCCUCUCGCUCUGAAGGAGGUGGGAUGAUGUCGGGAAAGCCACCAUUGCCUAUAAAAUCUCGCCAAGGACCACCGGAGCCCCAGUCAAAGCCCAGAGACUACAGAGACUCCUCGGAGUUACCAGGCAAGAUUCGGCCUCCUGCCAGACCAGGCCAGCCGCUCCAUAAAGAUGUGCAUCCUGAGACAGCGCCAAGUCCAAAGACAGGUCGCCCUCUUAAAUGAGCCUGUCUUUACAUUCUCCAGUUGGCCAUCACUGUAGGAGUUCUAUACCACACUGGAGACUUCACACACACUGAUUGUGAUAAAAGACAAUCGUCCGAAGAGGCGCAUUAAAAAGCUAGACCAGCUUUUUUGCCUUAUGUGUAGCACUCUUUAAAACGUAAAUAAAAAGCUGCAGCGACAGUGCCAUGAUCUUGCACAAACUCUUUUACUUCUAACACAAAUGAAUGUACAGUGCACAAAAUGUAUCACCAGUUAAAGACAAUGCAUAAUGAUGAAACUCAGCACAUUAUCAUUCGUUUCUUAUGUGGCUGAUGCUUACUGAUCUACAUUAACAUCUCAGUGCUUUUUUUAAAUCCUUGCUAGAUGGACUUUCCAAGUAAAUCAAUACACCCUGUGUACUGUGCAAAAGUGUUGAUCCGUCCCUCAUUUCUUUGUAUUUUGCUUCCAAAAAGUCAGACUUUCUUGUAUUUUUUUAUAUAGUUUUGACGAAUAGUUCUCCAGGCUUGACUCUCAUUUUGCGUCGAGUCCCUGUACCUGAGCAGUUUUUUUUGGUUGUUUUUGUGUUAAGCCAUUCAGUGACCUACAGUAUGCAUCAUUUAAGCAUAAAAACCAUCUAACUUAAGGCAUGAACCAGUGAGAAACAGGUGCAGAUGUAGACAGGCCGAAGAUUAGUAUACCGGUGAUGCUGAAUUGUUAGAACAGAUGAGAGAAGAAAUGAGGUUGCUGCUGAGGUUGUUACAUAAACAACCAAUUGUAAGUUGUAUCUUUGGGCAUAUUUUGAAAAAAAAAAAGAAAAAGAGGGGUGGAUUAAGACUUUUGCAUAUUACUUUACAUUGACAGUGUAAAUUCCCUGGUGCUGUCCUGAGAUGAAUAGAGAGUAAUUUAUGAAGCAGAAUAAGAAUAUGAAUAAUGAAUAAAUGAAUAUAAUGCAAUAAGUAUAACAAUUUUUGCAGUGUUCAGAUUAUUUUUAGGUUUCGAGUAUGUAAUCCAUGGAAUUAAGCAGCUAUUGACAUUUAUGGGUGUUAGCUAAAAGCUGUGAUCAGCCAAUCAGCAGUUACAUCUUGUGCAUUUGCCCCUUGCAUUAAAACUCAUUUCAAAUGUCUCAUUUAACACAGUGUGUUUGGAUUUGUCUUUUUCUUCCAGCUUUCUGCUCAUGCCAGCUGUCAGUACUGAUAGAGUGAAACACAUUUACACCCCAACAGCUUAUUUAGCUGCUAUUUUAUCUAAAACGUAGGAGAAUGAAAAUGUUUUAAGUUAAAGUAGAGAUGAUUUGUCUACUGCUGCAUGAGGUUGCUGAAUGUACCUGAAAUAAGAUACGUUAAAAUGUUCUGUUACUCUUUUUGCGUUCAGCAAAUCGUCAGGUCCUUUCAAUUCUAGAGUUCUGAUUGAAAAGGGAGAAAUUAAUCCACUUGUCGCUUUAGAGAUGUAUGAAUACAUGCAACCAAAUACAGUACACUUGAAUUAGUAUGAUUAUCCAGUUAGGUACUACAUACAGAUGUUGCUGCAAUCCUUAGUAAUAUUGUGAUAUGGAUUUGUCUUGUUGUACCAAAGCAAACUGUACAUAUCAGCCCAUUUCAUCUUGUUUCUUUCCUAUAUGAAUGGAAAUGGAAAAGAUUUAGUAAGUUUAUCGCAGCAUCUUCCUCUGAAUUUACAUUUCUAAUUUAAAUGUCAUUAUGAUUAGCAUUCUAAACAUUUAAAUAAAUCAUUCGUCCACUGACACUACUAGAUUUGGUAUGCCUUUGCUUGCCUUUUUGAUUAAACCCAUAGGUAACCUUUUUGUGGUCCUUGUGCUAGAAUGCUAACAUUUUUUGUUCCUUCCUGUUCGUGCAGGUGAAAAAGUGUCAGCAGAUUUUGUGUGUGUUGAUUGAACUGCAAUGUUUUUUUGUUUUGAAAUAUCUUAAAUAAUGAAGCAUAAUUCUGUUAAAAAAUAGAUGCAAAUAAAAAUGAAUGUAAACUAAAA